UCUCGCAGGGACCGCUCGCCCCCCAGAGCCACAGGCACAUUGAGGAAAUAGAAGAUCUGCCGCUCGUCCUAUAGGAGGGGGGACAGUCCCUAAGGAGGAGGGUCACGUGGGAGGAGAGGCUUGUGUGCAGACACACGGCACCAGCCAUUCAGCUCUCCCAUUGACAAGAGGCCAGGCUGCUGUAUUCCCGCUCCCGUGGCACAUGCCUAUGUAGUCGGCUCCCCGGGGACAGCUCUCAGUUCUCCCGGCCUCGCCCCCCGUUCCCUCCUCAAUGCUAGACAAGUUGAGACCCGCUGCUGCGCCCCUGGACAUGGCGGUGGGUAAGCCGGUGGCCUGGCUGAACGAGCAGCUGGAUGUGGCCAACGAGCGCCUCCUGGUCAUGGACUGCAGGGCCCACGAGCUCUACGAGUCGUCUCACAUCGAGGCCGCUAUCAACGUGGCCAUCCCGGGCAUCAUGCUGCGCCGCCUCAAGAAGGGAAACCUGCCCAUCCGAUCGCUCUUCUCCUGCGGGGAGGACCGGGACAAGUUCGCCCGCCGCUGCGGCACCGACACGGUUGUACUGUACGACGAGAGCAGCUGCGACUGGAACGAGAACACGGCCGGGGAGUCGGUGCUGGGGCUGCUCAUGAAGCGCCUGAAGGAUGAGGGCUGCAGAGCUUACUAUCUACAAGGUGGAUUCAACAAGUUCCAGGCUGAGUAUCCUAUACAUUGUGAAACCAAUCUGGAUAGUUCCUGUGUCAGUAGCUCUCCACCCGUCCUUGGUUUGGGAGGCCUCCGGAUAAGUUCUGACUCUUCAUCAGAUAUUGAAUCUGACAUUGACAGGGAUCCCAGCAGUGCAACAGAUUCAGACGGUAGUCCUCUAUCCAACACACAGCCAUCGUUUCCUGUUGAGAUCUUACCGUAUCUUUACCUUGGCUGUGCCAAGGAUUCUACUAACCUGGAUGUUUUAGAAGAGUUUGGCAUUAAGUACAUCCUGAACGUGACACCAAACUUGCCUAAUCUUUUUGAGAAUGCUGGGGAAUUUAGAUACAAGCAGAUUCCAAUUUCGGACCAUUGGAGCCAAAACCUGUCUCAGUUUUUUCCAGAAGCCAUCUCCUUUAUAGAUGAAGCCCGGGGUAAAAGCUGUGGAGUAUUGGUGCAUUGCUUGGCUGGCAUCAGCCGAUCUGUCACAGUCACUGUAGCUUAUUUGAUGCAGAAGCUCAACCUCUCCAUGAAUGAUGCCUACGAUAUUGUCAAGCUGAAGAAAUCCAACAUCUCUCCUAACUUUAACUUUAUGGGUCAGUUGCUGGAUUUUGAAAGGACAUUGGGGCUUAGCAGUCCAUGUGACAAUCGAGUCCCAGCACAGCAGUUAUAUUUUACAGGUCCAGCCAACCAAAAUGUGUAUCAAGUUGAUUCCAUGCAGUCCACGUGAAACUGAACUGUUUAUCUUUGGCGCUGAAGAUCAUUCCUCUACAGAAAUCUUUCUCUUAAAAUCUGUCAAGGGUGUACUGACAGAUGUGAUUGAUUGGUUCAAGGAGAUCAUUGUUGGGGCGUUAAAAAAAGAAAACAAACUUUAUUAAAGUUAGAGUUGCACUUGCAAUGGAAGCAAUCCAGAUCACUUGGAGAUAAGCCUUAGAUGCCUUGAAAUGAUUUGGCAAAGCUAAUCUGAAACUGCCAUUGUAAUGCAGUGGUUUUAGUUCCAAACAAGAGACAGCACAGCUGGACCCAAUAUCGGAUAUUAAUCCUGCGAGGUUUGGAAAGGAUAGGGUGCAGAUCAUUUGUCUUCUGUGAAGACUGGUUCUCCUGAUAUUUAAAGGAGCCAAAGAAUUAUGACUAAACUUCUGAUGCAUUUGAAGUUUUUCUGUUCUUUACCUUUUUACAGUUACUGUAAAUAUCAACUUCUCUUAUGUAGCACCGUCAUUUCACUUUUUUUUUUUUGACGUUUUAAAAUACAAAGUUUUUUUUUCUUUCUUCUCUAAACCCACACCUCCCUGACAUCCUUUAAUAGAAAUUGUAGCAUAACAAUUUAUGAAUUGGGGGUAGGAGGUUUUGUGUACUUUGCAUAAAAGUACUGAUGUAAUUUUGAUUCACAUUAAUGUAUAGCAGGAAUAUUCAACCUUAACUGACCCAUCUGUUGCAUAGCAUGUUACUUCACCGAGUAAGUUGGGCAGUGCUGGGAGGUGUAAAAUCUAUAGCACCAGAGGUUGACUAUUCCUGAUGUAUAGUUUUGUUGCCUGAGCUUGUAAACCUCUUUCUCUUAGUAGUUCUAUGUUUUUAACAUAUUAAUUGCUCUGAAAAUUGUUAAUGUGAAUUACCUCUGUCCUUUUUGUUUAGGGAGUUUCACCUCAAAUGCUAUGGUAUGUUUUUUUUUUUUCCUACAAUAUAAACUGGAAGUAUGUAUGUGACAGUGUAUUGCAAAGCUUCGAUUGCACAUUGAUUGCCAAUAAGGGGGCCAUGUUACACUCCCGAAUGUCCACGGAGUAAAAUUUUAUGAUGAAAUUUAUUAUAGACUUGUAAAUCUUUUAAAUUAUUAAUAAAUUCCUAUUUUGGUUA